AUGAACCCCUUGAACAAGAUCAUCUUCCUUUCGGCGUUUUUGGCCUUUGGCUUCCUUCUAAUUCUCCUUUCAUGCGCCCUAUACAACAACUGGAAGCCACUCUGGGUCAUUGCCAUUUUCCUAGUGGCUCCAUUGCCUAACAUCAUUCUGUCUUCCAUUGAAAACAACAGAGACGAUUUCUUGACGUUUAGUAACGAUAGAGGUAAUACUCCCUCGCCAUUGCAAGAACUGGCCAAACUAAUCACUGGCUUCUUGCUUGUUAGCGGCAUUGCUUUGCCCUUGACGUUUUAUCACACCCACCUUAUUGGAGUGGGAUCUUUAUUCAUGAGUGUUAUUGGCGGUAUAAUCGUCUACAGUGACAUUAUAGUGUUCAUAUGGUUCUUUUCCGAGCACGAAGACGAAAACGACGACUUCAACUUUUGA